GGUUGUCGUACAAGAUGAUGUCCAAAAUAUUUUUCGUUGCCGCCUUUCUUUUCAUAAACGGCUGUGUUGCUGAUCCAGCCCUUUUCCUGGACACAAACUGCAAGAUCAACGACAAUGAGUGCGCCGACAGAAUCUUCACCAAGGCCACCGAGGUCGUCAUCGCUGGUGCUGAGUCUCUUUACAUCGACUCCGUAGACCCCCUGGAGUUCGACGUCGUCGAAGGAAACCUGACCAUCAUCGACUACAAACUCGAGAACAGCACCAUCACUGGAUUCAAGAGCUGCAAGCUCGUCAGCGUCAAGACUAACUGGGCCUCCUCUAAGCUGAACCUUCAGCUCGAAUGCCCCGCUGACGCCAAGAUUGUUGGCAAGUUCGACAUCAAAGGUCGCAUCUUCAGCGGUCCCAUUGCCGGAACCGGCGACUACGAAUUCACUCUUGGAACUUUCAAGGUCAACCUGGCUGCCAGAUUCUCGAAAAAGAUCCGUAGCGACCGCAACAUUCGCCUGGUCAUCAAGAACUUCGUGUCCAGGGCUCAAGUCAAGACCCCAACCAAGGCUGUCUUCACCAACCUUAAAACCGAAGACCUCUCCAAAUUCACCCCUCUCACCUGGAAGGCUGUUGGUGAUGUCCUGCAGGAACCAAUCCUCUUCGCCAGCAUGAAGAAGAUCCUCAACAACUUGAACCUUUACCUGAGAUCCGUGACCUUCGAAACCGAAAUCGCUGCGUCCAACGACUUCAUCUCACCAUUCUGCAAUACUCUACCAACAUGUGGACCAAACGAUAUCGCUUGUAUGGAGAAGAAGGCGAACGCAGUUUACCAGAUCAUUAUGAAAGGAGAUCCAGAAAGAAACAUAGAGCCCCAUGAACCCUUAUUCCAGGAUUAUAUUGAAGGAAACCUUUCGGUGCUGGAAUAUAAAUAUUAUAACUCUACAUACACUGGUAUGGACACUUGCAAAAUCAGCAAUUUAAGUUGGGAUGCAAAAUCCUCAACCAUGAGUUUUGACUACGAGUGUGCACCAAUCAAAAUAGACGGGAAGUAUGAAAUCACCGGCAGGCUUAUUGUCUUGCCCAUCGAAGGGAAGGGAGAUUAUCAAAUACAGACAAAUGGCUACAAGCUACGCGUUGACUGUGGAAUGAGCAUAGUCGAGAAGGCUGACGGCACCAAACACUGGCAUAUCAACACUUACAAAUUAGACGCAACAGCCACUGGACCUUUAGUUUUUUCUUACACAAAUCUAUUCAAUGGCCAAAAGGAUCUAUCGGACACUCUACAUAAGUUCGCUAACGCAAAUUGGAAAGAAGUAGCUGAGAUAGUAGAAGAUCCCGUGUGGUACGCGCAUGCGAAGAAAAUUAUUGCUGCUGCGAACAAAUACUUGAAAUAUGACAAUAUUUAAACUGAAAUAAAGUCUAUUAUAAACGAGUCUCGUUUACUAAUAAUAUUUACGCAGUGUAUUAGCUGGUAUUAGUAUUCAGGAUCCGCUGUCUUUAUUUUUCACGUAAGUUUCCCAAUGUGCUUAACAAAGACAAGCAGAUAUUCUGUAUAGUAUACUCGACAAGUUGAAAAUGGUACAAAAUGGUAUAAACUUACUUAUAUAAAUAAGUAGAA